AUGUCUUCUGCAAACAAACGCAGAGAUACAGAUUUGAUGAAACUGAUGAUGAAGGAUUACAAAGUGGAGUUGAACAAUGACGAAAUGCAAAACUUCGUUGUGCAUUUCAAUGGACCUGCUGAUACUGUUUACCAAGGAGGUGUGUGGAAGAUAAGAGUUGAGCUUCCAGAGGAUUACCCUUACAAGUCACCAUCUAUUGGCUUUGUAAACAAAAUUUACCAUCCGAAUAUUGACGAACUCACUGGUGCGGUUUGCUUAGAUGUGAUCAAUCAGGCUUGGAGCCCAAUGUUCGAUUUAUUGAAUGUGUUCGAAUUAUUUCUUCCACAAUUGCUGACGGACCCGAAUCCUGCUGAUCCAAUGAAUGAUGAGGCUGCAGCUCUUAUGAUAAGCGACAGGGCAACUUAUGAAGCACGAGUGAAAGAGUAUUGUGAACGAUAUGCGAAGCCUGAAGACGUGGCUGAUGCUGAAGAAGAGAAGUCGACCGAUAAGGAAGCGAGCGAAGAUGCAAGCAACUCGGGUGAUGAGGCAUCGGGUUCGGGCCCGGCCGAAACCUAG